GUCUCCGUAUCUUGUCGACGUGGCUCACUUGUCCUCGAACGCCCAUGUCUUGGCUUUGGAAGCCCCAAGGCGAUGCACCGAAACCAGAGCCCGGCCAGAAACUGGUAGAGGAUCCUGCAAUACCGAACCGGAAAGUUGUGAAUAAGACUGCCAAUCAGCCCUUCCUUGCGUACAAGGAGUACCGUGACAAGAAGGAACUUGAGCACCAAGCAUGGCUACAGAGGAAGAAGGAGCGCGAAGAGAAGGUUGCAAGAGGGGAGAAGGUAGGCCCAGAAGAGCCCGACCCGACUGAAGAGCGGGAAGUGGGCGUAGUUGGGCUCCUGAAGUUUCUCUUCUACUUGACGAUAGUCAUUCUGCUGGCGGGAAAGUUCUUUACUGGCCACUUCCUAUGGGAGUAUGAUGGAAAAUGGGCCCAGCUGAAGACGUACAUGCCAAGCGACCAACGGUUAUUCUCUGAAGGAUUCCUCGCUACCUUUGAUGGUUCAGACCUCAACAAGCCACUAUACCUGGCAAUUGACGGCGACGUUUAUGAUGUGUCGAGUAACAGAAGGACUUACGGACCCGGAGGCUCUUAUCACCUCAUGGCUGGGAUCGACGCUGCGAGGUCAUUUGGGACCGGUUGUUUUGCAGUUCACCGCACGCACGAUUUGCGUGGGCUAACCGAGAGUGAAAUGAAGAGCGUCCAACACUGGAAGGACUUCUUUACCAAUCACAAGUCCUAUCGGAAGGUUGGGAGAGUUUCGCAUCCUCCGAUCGACCCUCUAAGCCCUAUCCCGGAACAUUGUGACCCCAAGAAAGAAGAAGCAGCGCAGAAGCAGCGUCGGGCUGUCCAAGAUGCGGAACGGCCCCCAAACAAUCAUCCGACGGAUGCCACGGAUCAUACGGAGUUAUAGUAUUAAGAACUCGCGGUGAGGGUUGGCAUAUGUAUCUAAUGAAGUCCGUCCAGUAACCGCAAUGCGAAUGUUCGAAACAUGAAACGAAAUCUAAAAGCCCUCAACGUAAACAAGAAUAGUCCCUUGAUGAAUAUAAUGUGGUAAUCCGAAAAUCAAGCUGAGUCCGUCUAUAUGUGCACAGGGCGGAAAGUAAAUGGCUGGUUCAGGAAGAAGUUCUUGACAAUUGGGAAGUCGGAAAUCGAGCCGUUCACCAAGGAUGAAAAGGGACUAUCGCGGUACUUGGCCACGACCACGUUGCCGCGCCACGCGCUCUCUUCUCGGAAAGACUUCCCUUGGAUCUCUCGAAUGCACUUGUUGACCGGAAACGGCAUGCCGUCACGCGAGAUGGUUGGGUAAAAGACGACGUAAGGAUCAGUAAACCUUUGCUUCAUCCCGUCCAGCUUCUCGACGAUCUAUUACCAAACGGGUGCGUAAGAACGUGUCACGCGACUACAGCUGGCGACGCUUGAAGACUUUACCUGAUAAUGCCAUGCUCGCGGGCCAAGGCUCUCCGCGAUGUAAUCCAUAUAAACUUCCGGGUGAGGCAUUCUGGUCGGUGGUCCUCCUCCGUACGGCAUGUGUGGGUCAGGACUCGAAGACGGGCUGGUCAUGAGCGAAAUUAUGUGAGGAGCCCGGUCAUCGGAAGGGAACAGGAUAGCGUCGAAGGAAAUGAUUUCAGCCAUAGAGAGAGUAAGGAGAAGGGCUCGAGGGGAUAAGAGCACGACGAGAGGAGUUGUGGAUUGUCCAGAGCUUGGGCAUCAUCGCCGUUGUUUUAUAUGUUGGGGGCUUGACAAUG